AUGUUGUCGCCUUCAAGCACUUGGGCAUCGCUUGGAUUGGCCCUGAUCCUGUGUAUUCAGGGCUCAUUCGGCGAUGUUCAUCCCCGUCAAUCGCCAAAUGUCACGGAGAUCGAAACGGAGACAACGGUUAUAUAUGAUCCUAGCUGCUCUAGCGAUGUCACCAUCAUUGACAAAACGACAAUUCUGUCGCCCACGACUGUACCAGUAACUCACUACGUCUCUGUGCCGGUGACGCACUAUGUCGAUGUCACCUAUUAUGUAAAUAUCACCUCAACCAGCACUUUCGUUGAGUCCAUCACCGAAUCCACGACGACGACUCUUCACUACACCGUCUCAACCACAGAGACAGACCUAGAAACUGUCUCAUUCACGGAGACGGAUCUGGAUACCGUCUCAAUAACAGAAACGGACCUGAAAACUAUUACGAACACGGAAACGGACCUAGUAACUAUCACCAACACGGAAACGGACUCUACAACGAUCACCGAGACGACUUAUACGACUACAACUAUCUUCUCGACGACGUAUGACCCGUGUCCGACGACUUGUAGCAUUUCCGCCGGAACUGUCAACCUGUACUUCUGGCCAACGGACAGACCCUACAGUUAUCCGACCACAUAUGUCGACACGAAUUUGGGCUACACCUUCGUGUCGCCAUCGGUGUACAUGUACAUACCCACUGCAGUUGGAACCAAUUCCCUAGGACUCGUCGGGCCGUCGACCUCGAAAUGGAUGCUUCCUUUAGAUUUAUUCGAGGUCUCCACCAUUGUCGAUGGAUCCAUCACACGGCAGCUUACUCUCAGCGAUUUGGGUACAGACUGCCCACAGACCGCCGACCCUACCGCCAUCGCCACCAUGGUCGACUCACGCUGCGAUCCCAUUCUCGCGGCUCCGAAGCAGGUCAGCUCAUGGGCAUAUCCAUGCAACGCCUGCGGUCGAUUCGGUCUGUUCGAUCCGCCCAACCCCAGCCCCAAUAACUACAGUCACCCCGGCUCCUACACCCACUCCUGA